UGUCACCAUCGCGCAUGUGUGUAUUCCCAGCUAUGAAUAGAUACAGGCUACAAGCUCGAGUGGAGGCGCGUCAUAAUAUGAGUCCAGGAUAAACAACUUCGAGGUAGUUGAGAGCGCAAUGUACGUGAUGGCUUAAGUGUCUCCACACCUGUAACCAUAUCAAAGUGGGGUGAAUUUCAAAAGACAGAUAGAAAAUGUCGGAUCGUUACAGAGAUGCCAGGUUGAACUUCAAUCUUCGGAAGACAAUGACACCGCAGCAAAUAGCAGACAUGUAUAACGACUUCGCCGACGAGUAUGAAGAGAAACACUUGGGGUUGGGACUACGCUCUCACCUACGUAUUGGAGAGUACAUGGCUGAUACCUACCCACAAGACCAACGGGCGACUCUCCGUGUAUUGGACGUCGGUGCCGGAACAGGAUUAGUCGGGGAAAUGCUGUCAGAGUUGGGGUUUGUGCAAAUUGAUGCCCUGGACCCAGCACAAAAGAUGCUGGAUAUUGCGAAAACUAAAAAUAUCUACCAACGCCUGAUCUGCGCCUUCCUGAACAAGGACAGGAUUGAUGAGAUUGAGACAGAUCAGUAUGAUUGCAUCACUGCUGCAGGUGCGUUUAAUGAGGGUCUCAUACCUGUCUGUGCUUUCCAUGAGAUGAUCAGAAUCGUCAAGCCAGGAGGAAGAAUAGUCUUUACGAUUACCGAUAAAUAUAUCGACGUCACCGACGGCUACCGAAAUGAUCUUCUUCCCUUCAUUCAGAAGAUGGCGGAUGAGGGUGUUUGGGAUGUAACGGCAGUUCCUCUUGCUGAUGGCGCAAUUCAUCUUCUAGACGGUCCUGGGACCUUGUAUAGUUUCAAAGUAAACGUGACCGAGAAAAUUCUCUAGAUCAUCAGAUCCCCCACAUUGUUUGAAGGAUAUAUCGAACAAGAACUGCACAAAAAUGGGACAUGGGAACAUAUCAAACAACUGGACAACUUUUGUCGACCUUUGAUUUUGUGAUUUUAUUCAUGAAAAAAGACACCUAAUAGUCAGUGCAGAAGAGGUAUAUUUCACCCAACAUGUACUUUGGUAGAUCAUCUAAAAUUCAACAGUACAAAUCUAAAUCUUCACAUGUCAGCCAUCAAUGAAGGUGAAGUAUUUCGAAAAGUUUUAUGUAGGAAACAAAUAGAUAUGUAUAAAUUAAUCAUAUGUUGAUGUACAACAAAAUGUGUAUAUAUGCUGUUAAAGUACGUCCUAUUGGCCUGUGGCCUUUGAUUUGAAAAUGAAUGAAUAAAAUAUAGAAAAAUAGAUAUUCGGAUAUGAUAAUAAAUUGGUGGAUAGAUA